UGAGUUGACCCAUGACAAGGUGUAGAAAAGCCGCAGCUGCAAAUUAUCAGGACACUAGCGCAGAUGGCUUGACUCUGACUCCUGGAUCAACUCAGAGGACACCAGACCCACCUGCUUUCUGUGAACCACCUCUCCUUCUGGUAUUUAACUUUACUGAUUCUAUUAAUUUCCCCUCCCCAAACGCCCCGGUUUUCAUUGGCUUUUCUUAUUUUGGGGUUAUCUUCCAGCGCCUUUCACGCAGACUCUAAAUCCAAGGCCCACGAACGAACUUCCGGCCUCUGUCCGCGGGGCGGCGCAAGGCCCAAGCGCCUGCGUGAGGCUUCUCAGGUUCCGCCCCCAUGGUGAGGAGGAGCCCGCUUGGUCCUUCUGGCUUGCCGUCCUGGCCGCCAUGGCGGCUGCUGUGCUUUUGCUGCGGUACCUUCUGCAGCCGGGGUUCAGGACCUUCCGAACUUUCUCCAAUGCGGUGUCCUCCACCACUCACGCUCGAAGACCUACCUCGUAUACAGCAGAAAGAACAUCCAAAAGUGAAAGGCAGAUGAGAAGAAAGGUACUACCGCCUAGAACGGAGAAAAUGGCUAUUGACCAGGAUUGGCCGAGUGUCUACCCUGUUGCCAUGCCCUUUAAGCCCUCCGCGGUGCCUCUGCCUGUUCGGAUGGGUUAUCCAGUGAAAAGGGGUGUUCCCAUGGCAAAAGAGGGGAAUCUAGAACUUCUAAAGAUCCCUAAUUUUUUGCACUUGACUCCUGUAGCAAUUAGGAAGCAUUGCCAAGCUCUUAAAGAUUUCUGCACUGAGUGGCCACCUGCACUAGACAGUGAUGAGAAAUGUGAGAAGCAUUUUCCAAUUGAAGUUGACACUGCUGAUUAUGUUUCGUCAGGACCAUCUGUUCGAAACCCCAAAGCACGAGAAGUAACCAUAAGGGUGAGAUGUUCCAGUUUGAACUUAGAUGAUCAUGCAAAGAAGAAAUUAAUUAAACUUGUGGGAGAACGAUACUGCAAGACCACUGAUGUACUCACCAUCAAAACAGAUAGAUGCCCUUUAAAGAGACAGAACUAUGAUUAUGCAAUGUAUCUACUGACAGUGUUAUAUCAUGAAUCUUGGAAAACUGAAGAAUGGGAAAAAAAUAAGACUGAAGCAGACAUGGAAGAGUAUAUAUGGGAAAAUAGCUCCUCAGAAAAAAAUAUUCUGGAAACACUUCUCCAGAUUAGCACUGCUGAGAACAAAAUGCCAGUAAAUAAAGAAGAGCUGCUGGGUACUAAAGAAGUUGAAGAUUACCAGAAGUCUGUUGUUAGUCUUAAGAAUGAGGGGGAAAAUGAAAUUACCCUUUCUCAGUAUAAAGAGUCAGUGAAAAGACUCUUAAAUUUAACAUGAGUGAAGUGGAAAGAUCUGUUUUAUUAAUUUUACAGUACAGAUAAUCAAUAUUUAAUUUGAUGUAAAGUGAAAAUGAUUGAAGAUCAAUUCUUACACAAGAGUUAAUUUUAAAAUUACCUGUAAUCAUCUAAUGUGCCGUGACUAAUUCAAAGUUUUCUGAUCUAAAUACUGAGACAAAUUAAAGAUCUUCAAGAUUUCUCAGGUU